GAGCGGCCGGAGUGCAACGCUGCGGGACCGGCCUGGCAGAGGGGCUGAGGCGGGGCAGAGGCGGGGGCCGAGGGGCCAGGGGGCGGCGGCGGCGCGAGGACUCUGCAUCCUGACGGUCGCCGAGGAGCUGGUAUAGUUACUUCAGGCCUCCAGGAUGGCGAUCCAGUUCCGCUCACUUUUCCCCUUGGCACUGCCUGGAGUGCUGGCGCUCCUCGGCUGGUGGUGGUUUUUCUCUCGUAAAAAAGAGCACUUCAGCAGCCACAACAAACAGAUGGGGGCCAGCGCUGUGAAGCUGAGGGCUGGCCCUGCCACGGAGGACGCGCUUCCCGCGGAGGACCCCUGUCCUGGAGCAGCGGCCCCGCCCCCCGGUGCCGCCCAGCCGCCGGAGAGGGAGCUCCCCACCGCCAGCAAGCCCCCUGUGGAGCCGCCGGCCCUGCUGCGGGCACACCCGGCCUACCGGCGAUCAGAGUCCUCGGGCGGCCUUCCCAACACCGCGGACACGAGGUUUCCACCAGGACCAUGCAAAGAGGACAGUGCAAGGGUGGAGCUCGCUCUGACGGGUGACGAAGCCAAGUGUGCUCCUCUAGAGUGUCCCCUGCCGUCCCCAAAAGGCGUUCCGUUCCCCCACGAAGCAGCUGAGGUGUGUAAUCGAGAGACCGUGAUGGGCAGGCCGGCAGGGCGGUGCCAGCAGGGCCAGUCUGCAGCCCCCGCAGAGAAGGUGGACCCUGGGGAGAAGACCAGGGAGAUGGGUGGCGCCGAAGGCACAGGUGAUGCGGUGACGGGAGAAAACGUGCCGGAAGAAGGUCCCGUGUCCUGGGAGCAGGGCCCCGAGUUGCCGAGCAGCAGAGCCCCCAGCCUGGCUCCCUUGGGAGGAGGGGGAGAGAAGGGGAGCAGCCUGCUGGCGGUGGACGAGGACCCCGUGGGGAAGUUGCUGAGUAGCUUCGUGGAGUCGGCCCACUCGGAGCUGGCAACGCCCGAUGAGACACCAGCGCCCCGGGUCAGGGGGAGCAGAGGCUGGGACGGAGACUUCAGCCGGGAGCUGGGCAAGGAAGAGACCUUGGACAGAAACGAGAAGGUCGAGCAGGCUGCCUUCCAGAUCAUCUCCAAAGUGAUCCUGGAGGCCACCGAGGAGGUGCUGAGCACCACGAUGGGCAGGAUCGCGGGUCGGAUGCAUCCGGCCUCGGCCGCUCAGCUCCAAGGGCCGAAGGAGGAGAGCUGCGCCCGAGCCCACCAGAGAGCUGCCCUGGGCCAGGAUGCCGCGGAGCCUGCUCUGGCCACAGCGGAGGCAGCCACGGGCCCGGUGGACGCCGCCUUCCCCUCCGCAGACCUGCCGGCAGAGGAUCUGCCCCCACCAAAGACGUACGUGAGCUGCCUGACCAGCCCCCUGUCCAGCCCCACCAAGGACAGGAAGCCAAAGAACUCCGCGCACCACGUCUCCCUGGCCCCCUGCCCUCCACCGGCUGCCUCCCUUGGAGAGUCACUGGACGAGGCAAGCAUCCUGGCAGAAGAUGCCGCUUGUGUCACCUGCGUGUCCAGCAACGGCCAGGGUGUCCCCUCCGUGGCCUCCUCUGGGCAGUGCUCAGAUUCUGUCAGCACUUCGGGGCUCGAAGACUCUUGUACAGAGACCACCUCCAGCCCCAGGGACAAGGCUGCCACCCCGCUGCUGCCAGAAAGUACUGUGCCCUUCAGCAACGGGGUGCUGAAAGGGGAGCUGUCGGACCUGGGGGCUGAGGAUGGAUGGACCGUGGGUGCGGAAGCAGAUCAUUCGGGAGGUUCGGACGGGAACAGCAUGGAUUCGGUGGACAGCUGCUGUGGCCUCAGGAAGCCUGACGGUUUCCAAAAUGCCCAGGCAGGCUCCCAUCCCAAGAAGGUCGACCUCACCGUCUGGGAGAUCGAGGUGCCUAAGCACCUAGUUGGGCGGCUGAUUGGCAAGCAGGGACGGUAUGUGAGUUUUCUGAAGCAGACGUCUGGUGCCAAGAUCUACAUCUCGAGCCUUCCGUACACCCAGAACGUCCAGAUCUGCCACAUAGAAGGCUCUCAGCAUCAUGUGGACAAGGCCCUGAGCUUGAUUGGGAAGAAGUUCAAGGAACUGAACCUCACCAACAUCUACGCUCCCCCACUGCCUUCGCUGGCCCUGCCUUCUCUCCCAAUGACUUCCUGGCUCAUGCUCCCGGAUGGCAUCACUGUGGAGGUGAUCGUGGUCAACCAGGUCAAUGCCGGGCACCUGUUUGUGCAGCAGCACACACACCCUACCUUCCAUGCGCUGCGCAGCCUGGACCAGCAGAUGUACCUCUGCUACUCUCAGCCUGGAAUCCCCACCUUGCCCACCCCAGUGGAAAUAACGGUCAUCUGCGCUGCCCCUGGCGUGGACGGUGCCUGGUGGCGAGCCCAGGUGGUGGCCUCCUACGAAGAGACCAAUGAAGUCGAGAUUCGCUACGUUGACUACGGUGGAUACAAGAGAGUGAAAGUAGGCGUGCUCCGGCAGAUCCGGUCUGACUUUGUGACCCUGCCGUUCCAGGGAGCAGAGGUCCUUCUGGACAGCGUGAUGCCCCUGUCAGACGAUGACCACUUCUCACCUGAGGCGGAUGCAGCUAUGAGUGAGAUGACAGGCAACGCAGCACUGCUGGCUCAGGUGACGAGGUAUAGUCCAACUGGCCUUCCUCUGAUUCAGCUCUGGAGUGUCAUUGGAGAUGAAGUGGUGUUGAUAAACCGGUCGCUGGUGGAGCGAGGACUUGCUCAGUGGGUGGACAGCUAUUACUCGAGCCUCUGACCCCCUCCCCACGCCGCUUCUGGAGUCUUUUUUGCACUGUUGAAGUUGGGCUUGGUACUCAAGGCAAAGACUUUACAUCAGAAUUACAAACAUUUGUCCUCCCCUGAAAGUCCUUUCUUUCUGUACUGUAGUCAUGUUGAGAUGUUUCGUCUCUGAGACAAGGAAAGAACUGUGGGUUCUUUUCAAAGCCAUAGGAUGGCACGUAACAAGCCAGUUGGCUAAACCUGGUUGCAAGCUGUUUAUUUAAAACAAAAGUGGAAGGAGAACUGUCUCAACUAGGUUGUCCUGCCCCCCUCCAUUCCGUUCCUCCAUUACUCCUAUUUCCUCCGCUACCCAGACCCAAGCCCCUGUGGCAGACAGGCCAGGGGAGGUGUUGCUUGCUUGUGGGGAAGGGUUUCUUUUACCUUCAGAGUCUAUCUUCAGGGAGCAAGACACGAACUGACUGAUGGGCAUCAAUCACUUGUACAGCUUACAAAUGAAUUUAUGAUAUUUAACCGUUUUUUAUAAAUUCCGUCUAGGUCUCUAAGAAGGCAGACUUUUUAAUGCAUCUGUAAAUACAAAGCAAUCAUACCUCCAGCCUCGGUCAGUGGGAGAGGGGGGAACUGUUGUCUUGCCAAUCCUGUUGUAAUUUGUAACCAUUUUCUAUUUGUGCAAACUCUGUAAAUAUGUUUAAAAAAAUGUAAUUAUUUUGUACAAGAUACACUGGAGAACAAAGGGAACCCACGAUUUUUCCACAUCCCAUGUUGUCUGUGAGCAGAAGUUACUUGUGCCGGCUACCGCUGCCCGUCCCAGCUCCCAUCGCAUCCUGCAUACCUGACAGGGUGACUGUAUGGUAUAGGUGUGAUCCGGGGAUUUUUGUUUUUGUUUAUUUUCUGUACAAAUUUGUUUAAAAAAAAAGAAAAGAAAAAAAAGCAGCUCAUUGAAUUACCUUGCAGUGGUGUGUGUUUGAUUCUUUUUUAGACUGCAUUCAGCACUGUGCAGUUUAAAUAACUUAAGCUUAUAUAAAUCUCAAAUUGUAUACCUUGUAACUUUGAGUCCAUUUUUUUCCAUGGUGAAAAAGGGGAGUGAAGGAUGGUUGUAAGUGUGAUGGGCUGUAGGGUCCCAACUAAACUAGGAGACCCAUGGCUCCUUUGAAGACAGUUUAGCCGGAAAUCUCCGUCUGGUAUUUUCCCUGCCUUUGCCCCACACGGUGGCAGCCAAGCUUCCUCUGGCUUCCCCCAGUGAUGGUCUCAAAUAGCCAGGCUUGAGUUUAAAGCACUGGUUUCCCAAAUUCUUUGUGCAUUCCUGAUAGAUCUGUGAAGUUAUUUAAGGUACUGUAGUGCUAAGAAUGAUAUAAAAAAAAUACAUUUACAUGGUGAGAGCAGAGCUAAGUCUUGAUCCAGGGGCCCCUCCUCUUAAAGGUAGGUCCAGGCCUCUGUGCCUCUGGGCUUGCCCACCCCUCCAGGGGUCUCUGGGGAGCUGAGAUAGCCCUGGGGUCCUUCACACUGAAGGCAUCCUCCUGCAGAGCUGCAGCCACUCUCCCAAGCUGUGGGGACCAAGUGGUUAAAAUAAAAGCCUCAGUUUCCCUCAUCUGUGGGAUCAGAUAAUGGUACCAACCUCGUAAGGCAAUGAAAUGAAAUGGAAGUGUUGGGUUGGCCAAAAAGUUCGUCUGGGUCUUUUUCUGUAGGGUGUUACGGGAAGACCCGAAUGAACUUUCUGGCCAACCCGAUAUCUCCGCUUGCACAGAGCUUGGCCCACUGCCAGCUCCCAUGUGGUCUUACCUGCCAACAGCCCUAAGUCCCAACGGCAGUUGGGUGUGACUUCGGCCAAGGCGGAUUAUACUCAGGUCUCAGCUUUGUUCCCUACAGUUUGCAUCACUGGAGCAGGAAAGGGUGUAUGGGAGCCUUCAAGCUAGUUUGAGGAGGGUUCACAAAGCUGGGUGUGUGGGUUUGGUCUCUAUCUUUGCGAGCCAUGGAGGGGUUUUGAAGGUGGGAACCACGUGAUUCUGGUGCAGGAAGGAGGAUGGGCGAGGUGAAGGAGCAGAGACCAAAGCCAGGGUGGUCCAGCCGAGACAGGCUUCCUCUGGCGUGGCUCUUGGUCUGACAAAUGACGGGGUCAGGGUCCUUGGCUAAGGCCCCAGGACCGGGGAGGGGAGGCCGUGGGGAUGCGGAGGUGGGCUGUGCUUGGUGUCUCGGGUUUUAACCUUCAGGGGUGGAAUAUUGGAGGGAAAGUGAGUUGGAAGUUGCUGAAAGGCAUGUGCUCUUCGGAUGAACACUUCUUAGAUUGCUGUGGGCCUUUGAUUAAUUGCCAGAGUUCUGAAGAAGUUGAGUUUGACCAUUUUGCCAGUAAUCUUGUUGCUUUUACAGAGGAGCGGGUUUCCGGUUUUACAGAGGUGCUUAUUCCACCCGGCCAGACGGCGACCCUCCGGGCGAGUACCUUUUUGAUAUGUUCUUUGAAUUACCUGUGGGCCAUUAGGGGCCAGCUGAGGGGUGAACUUGACCUCUUGGGAGAAGCCAGGGCUGGAGAAGGGUGUAAGGGAGAGGGGGUGGCUGAGCACAGGAGCUAGAGCAUCCAGCCUGUUCUCGUUGCAGGUGUUUGUGUGCCCUGUAGCCCCUCUCUGGUCCUUGGAGCCCUGCUGGGUACGGGAGGAGUGACCAGACCUCGUGGGGUGUCAGCGUGGAGGCUGGGUUCUGGGGUUACUGCUGCACCUUGUACAGCUUAGAGGUGGCACCUAACCACUGCAAGCUGAAGAUCGAACAAGGUUUAGCUGGAGAACUUCCUGUCAGACGCCGUGCUUUUUUACAGGUAAUACUUAUUAGUCCUCAUGACGACCCAGCGAGGCAGGGCCUGAUGCCACAGGUAGAAGAUUGAGACUAGACCAGUUUGCGGAUGGAGUGGAGCUGAGACUCAAAGCCAGGUUCUCAGCCACGACUGCUUUGCAACAGCAUGAGGAUCAUGCCUCGUGCCGUUUCCCCGAACACACACCGCAGUGGCUAACGGACCAGCCCACAGGAAAGCUGUGGGACUGAGAACUGGAAAAACUGGCAGGAGAGAUCCAUCAUUUUGCCUAUUUUUAUGUGAACAAGUCCAGGAGAAACUUGGCAGCAUCUAGGCCAGAGAGUGAACAUUUUUAACUCUAUGAUGAUCAGAAAGUAAGACUAAGAGUCCGUGAACAGGUCCACAUAAAGGAUGUGGACAGAAAAUUGAAAACCCAGGCCCGUUUCAGGACCAGUGCCGUCCAGUAGACAUAGUUUAAAUUUUUAGGAGCCUCAGUAAAAAGGAAAAAGCAGGUGAAAUUAAUAAUAGUUUAACCCAUUUUUUCAUCAUGUAAUGGACUUUAGAAAUACUGAGAUAUUUUACAGUGUUUUUAUACUGAGUUUGGAAUCCCACGUGUGUAUUUUACACUCCAGCCUGUGGGUUCAGACUCACAGUAGCACAGGUGCUCCACAGCUACAGGUGGCUGGAGGCUGCCAGUCUGUACAGCUCAGGACUGGACUCUUCCAUUGGUCACCAUCACACCAGUACUAGCAGCCUCAUGGAUAUGUUCUUACUCAAAAAGUUCUAGGGCUUCCCUGGUGGCACAGUGAUUGAGAGUCCACCUGCCGAUGCAGGGGACACAUGUUCGUGCCCCGGUUCAGGAAGAUCCCCCAUGCCGCGGAGCGGCUGGGCCCGUGAGCCAUGGCCGCUGAGCCUGUGCGUCGGAGCCUGUGCUCCGCAACAGGAGAGGCCACAACAGUGAGAGGCCUGUGUACCGCAAAAAAAAAAAAAGUUCUAGAUUCUUUUUUGCAUUUAUUUCUCCAGACGAACUUUAGAAUGAUUUUUGGGGGGAGGGGAUCAUGGAAAACGUUCUAUCACAUUUGAAAAUAACGCAUAUUGUUGGUUUGGUAUAAAGUGUUAUGUACUCUAUCAAAUUCAACUUGUAAAUUAUUUAAAUCUUCUUUUUUGCUGUCUCCCUCCACCACCACCACCCCUUUUUUUUUGCC